AUGUCGCACGACGGAUGUGAAGAGGUGACGUGGAAGGGCCAGGCCUUCCCUUACCUCAUGCACCACCCGAAGUUCCUCAAGACCGAAAGCUACGGCUCUGCCCGCGCCGCGGCGGCCUCAACGGGCCACAGCAGCAGCGGCUACGGGCGCGCAGCCCCCGCCAGCGGCGGCGACGGCAGCGACACGAUGCAGCGGUCUGGGACGGGCACCUGGCUCGGCCCCGCGCCCCGCGGCGCCGGACCGCUUGCCGCCGCCGCCAGCGACGGGCCCGCCGCCGCGUCGGCCGCCCGGCCGGUGCGUGAGCCCGCGACGAUCCACCUGUCAAACGGCGCCCGCAUGCCGCUGCUGGGGCUCGGGACGUACAAGAUCACGUCACCCGAUUCCAUCAAGGCGGCGCUCGAGCUUGGGUACCGCCACUUUGACUGUGGGUGGCGGGCGGCCUCGUGGGACGGGGUUGUCUGA